CACUCUUAUCUCAAAUUUAAAUGAGUACUAAUGAUUCAUUUUUAUUAAAUUUAACAAACUUCUAUAAAUCCAUUUCAUAUAUUUCAAUUGAUUAAUUAAUUUUUUUUUUUAUUUAAAAACAAAUAAAUUAUUGAUUACAAUGUUUUAUGUUUAAAAAUGUCAAACUCUAGUAGCAGUGAAACGGAAGAGUUUUUUGAUGCUGAAGAUUUCACGGCUCGCGAUCAAAAUGAGCAAUCAAAGCAAAGUGCCAAAAGCGAAAAAGAACUAUUGGAAGAAAAGAAAAAAAAUAUGUCUUUCAAAAUAUCUAGUACUUCAAAAUCGGCAUCAGAGCCCAAUGGUCGACGUAAAUUCAAUGAAAUUCGACAACAUAUGCAAAUCGAUGAAGAUGAAAUGCAAGCAGUAUCACCGACUGAAAGUCAAGCCUCAUCAGCUGAUGGUGUAUUCCUAGCACCUUCACAUAGACCUAGUCAUCCUUUUAGAGUAAUUGAGCCAGAUGGUGCAUCAGUACAGAGUAUUUUAUCCUUAGGCAAAGUUGGCAGAUUAUUAGGAAGCGUUCCUUCAGAUCAUUUUAUAGGAAAAGAAUCUGCUCUGCGCCCAUCAGAAAACAAUAAAUCAUCUGAACCAUCUACACCAGUUUCAUGUGAUGAUAAACCAAUUGUACCUUCUGAACCUGUUACAACUUUUCAUGAACCCGAUGUGAUAGCAAGCACAAAAAAUAAUGGAACUGUUUGUAUUGAAACUGAUAGACCUAUUGCUCCACCAAGACGAAGAAGACGUAAACAAACAAUUGAAAAUAAUGGUGCUAAGGUUGAAGAUAAUUCAAAUCAAUUGAAUACUGAAAAAGAUGAAGAAACUGAUCCAAAUUGUUUAACAAGCCCUGCGAGUACUAUAGAAUCAUUAACUAGAGAAUUAGAACAUUCUUUAGAUCUUCAUUCUGCUACUAAAGGGCAGUAUAUUGUUAAUCAUUCGGAUAAAGAAAAACCAGUUCUUAGUAUGAUUAAAGAAGCUUUUGAAGAAGUUAGAGAAAAAUCCAAAACAAUUGCUUCACAUAGCAAUACUUACCCAAUGGCUAGUACAAGUGGUAUAGCUUCCAAUAGAUCAUGUAACCGUGUUGCUUCACGGGAACGUCGAAGAUCUGCUGGUGAUGAACAAGAGUUGAGAGAUCAGCAAUUAAAUAUGUUUUUAAAAACACAUACCGAUUCCGGAAAAAAAUUAACUGACAUUGAAAUACUGGAACAAAUAACUGUAUUAAAUUUGGAUACUGGAGAAAGAGUUCCUCUUAGUAUAGCUGAAGAUAAAUUACCACAGUGCAUUAACCCAUUAUCUUUACAUAUAAUGCGCUUGACAUCAGAAUAUGUGAGCACUCCAAACUUAGAUUCUCAUUCAUAUAGAUCAAAUUCUAUAAAAAAACUUAAAGAAUCAGACGAAGAAAGUAUUGGUAGUAAAUCAAAUGAUACUGUAGCUACAGGACGAGAUGACCCAGUUGAUGAAUCUACUAUACGUCGUCGCACUGCUAGAAUCAAACGAUUCUUGGGUACUACAGUAAAGAAAACUGUAAAUAAAGCGAGAACAAUUGCACAUGAAGUAUCUCAUGUUAGGCACAAAGAAGAUGUUAUGGAAAUUAUAGAUUUAGUAGAAAGACCACAACCUGCAACUGAUGUUCCUAAUACACAAGUUAAUGAACCAUUCAAAUUGAGAGCAUCCAAUAGCCAUAAAGGACCAUAUGAAUUUGAUUCAGUUCAACAUGUUCAAGAAUUCUGUAAUGAACAUACAGGUCCAGUAUGGUGUAUGAAAUUUUCCAUGUGUGGUAGAUUAUUGGCUACUGCUGGACAAGAUCGUGUGCUUCGAGUUUGGGUUCUACGAGAUGCUUUUAAAGAUUUCCAUGAAAUGCGUAAAAAAUAUGAUGCUGAUAAAGUUUCACCUACGCCUUCUACAGAAUCUUUAGUUUCUCAAUUAUCAGUCGAUGAUCAAUCAUUUUCUGCAGAUUCAGAUGAUCGUGGACCAUUUAUGUCUCGUCCUUUUUGUACAUAUACUGGACAUCGUUCUGAUUUGCUGGAUAUAGCUUGGUCAAAAAAUUAUUUUGUCUUAUCAUCAUCAAUGGAUAAAACUGUUCGAUUAUGGCAUAUAAGCAGAAGAGAAUGUUUAUGUUGUUUUCAACACAUUGAUUUUGUAACUGCAAUAUGUUUUCAUCCAAGAGAUGAUCGUUAUUUUUUGAGCGGAUCACUUGAUGGAAAGCUUCGUCUUUGGAAUAUUCCUGAUAAAAAAGUAGCAGUUUGGAAUGAAGUUGAAGGGCAAACAAAACUUAUAACUGCCGCUAAUUUUUGUCAGAAUGGUAAAUUUGCAGUAGUGGGUUCCUACGAUGGUCGAUGCAUAUUUUAUACAACUGAUCAAUUACGUUAUCAUACUCAAAUACAUGUACGUUCCACUCGAGGUAGAAAUUCUACAGGACGUAAAAUAAGUGGUAUUGAACCAAUGCCUGGUAUGCCUGGUGAAGAUAAAGUGUUGGUAACAUCUAAUGACAGUCGAAUUAGAUUGUAUGAUCUCAGAGACUUAAACCUAUCUUGCAAGUACAAAGGUUAUGUUAAUAUAAGUAGUCAAAUCAAAGCUAGUUUUAGUCAUGAUGGUAAAUAUAUUGUAUGUGGAUCAGAAAAUCAAUGCAUAUAUGUAUGGAAAACACAUCAUGAUUAUUCAAAAUUCACAUCAGUAAGACGAGAUCGAAAUGAUUACUGGGAAGGAAUCAAAGCCCAUAAUGCUGUAGUGACUUGUGCAAUUUUUGCACCUAAUCCAGAAGUGGUAUUUAGACAAAUGAAAACUGAUGAAAAUAGUAGCCAAGAUGGGUAUGUUUUAGUGAGCGCAGAUUUUAAUGGCUGUAUACGAGUGUUCAUCAAUCGAAUGAAACCUAAACAUAGUUCACUUCCAGCUAGUGCUAUGGUAUAAUUUUAUUCAACCAAAAUUGGCAUUUUUUUAAUAAUAUAAUUUAUGCUUGGUUUCAUUACGAAAAUGAAGAUAAAUUUGGAUUAUUGGAUCAAAUGAUUUAUAUUAUUAAUUAGCUGCAACUUAACUAUUAGAAAUUAAUAAUUAUAGUAAUUAUUAGAUUGAUGG